AUGCAAAGACUCGACAGCGCAGUCGAGAUACCACGACUGAAAAUGGCUUCAGCUACCAGUGCAGGGUCGGCUUCUCCAGACUCGCACUCCACAGAUCUCCAUAACCACGCCUCGGCCAAUCAUAAGCGCGCCCCAUCUCGACUGCUUUCCUUGCCAGCAGAAUUGCAACUAGCCAUAUGGGAAUUUGUCGUCAUUCAAGAAGAGCCGCUCCUCCUCAACUGCCCAUGCGACAGCUUUUACGGCGGCUGGAGCGAGGAAUACUACGCAGAAGUCGACCUCUGGGAGAACGGUACGAAGCAUCCGCCAUGGCAGCCAGCAUUGACUCGAGUCUGCAGCAGCAUUCGAGCUGAUGCGCUGCCGAUGUGGUUCAAGCACAAUCGCUUCCAGGCCGGGUACUGCUGGGAGACCAACAGGGGUAUGACACUGGACUGGCUAGAGAUCAUCGGCGCGGAAAACAGGAAACUGAUAAAGCACUUUUACUUUCACGAUGCGAACUUCGAGCAUGACGACAACAGCCCGUCAGACCUGCGGAAGCUGAAGAGGAGCAAGGUGUUUCGCGAGUUCGGGGGUGUAAUGCAGAGCACGUAUGAUGGCGAAUGCUGCAGGCACGAUGUACUCUUCUGCGACAAGGUCGUCGACGAGGAACUCGAAGGGCUCGCGAGACUAUUUGAUGGAUACUCGAUUGCAUAG